AUGGAUCCCGAAAAUGGCCCUCCUGGCGCCUCGCUCGCUGAUACGCGCUCGCUUAAGAACACUGUUGAAAACACCUCAGGUGUAGGCUCGUCCUCGUCGGUGCCGCCGCCGCUAGAGCUCGAGCAGGAAGCAAAAGGCCAUUUCCCCGCAGAACCUUUAACGUCAACUCGACUCCACGGCCAGCAGUCUCCCGUGAAACCGACAAGGACCGAUACAAUGCAGGACGGUCGUGCAAGUACCAGGAUUGGCCACUCAACUCGCUCGUCCAGUCGGGCUCGUCGGCGAUUCAGCGGGAGUACGGCCGCCAGCUCCAUUAGUGAAAUGGAGUCCACCGGUCCUAAACCCUGGCGACUUGGUGUCUGUGCCCUGGACGUCAAAGCCCGCAGCAAGCCCAGUCAGAAUAUCCUCACUCGCCUCCAAUCAAAGGGUGAUUUUGAGGUCAUCGUGUUUGGCGAUAAGGUCAUUCUCGACGAGGCCGUGGAGAAUUGGCCGGUCUGCGAUUUCUUGAUCGCCUUCUUCUCCGAUGGAUUCCCCCUCGACAAGGCGAUUGCUUACGCCAAAUUGCGAAAGCCAUUCUGUGUCAACGAUUUACCGAUGCAGAAGGUGCUGUGGGAUCGGCGACUGUGCUUGAGAAUCCUCGACCAAAUGGGCGUCCCUACCCCCAAGAGGCUGGAGGUGAACCGAGACGGUGGGCCGGUUUUGGAAUCGGCAGAGCUUGCUCAGCAUAUUCACCAAUUGACCGGCGUCAGACUGGAGGGCCCGGAAGAUGGAACUGGUGGCGGUGCCCCGAGAACCCAGCACGUAUCGAUGUCCGAAGAUGGCGAGUCCUUGGUGGUAGACGGUAAGAUCUUCCGGAAGCCAUUUGUGGAGAAGCCAGUCAAUGGCGAGGACCACAACAUUCACAUUUACUUCCCUAAUGACCAACAAUAUGGAGGCGGAGGCCGGAAGCUCUUCCGCAAAGUCGGUAACAAGAGUUCCGAGUACGACCCGGAAAUGACCGUGCCACGAUCGGUCACCGAGAAGGGGACCAGCUAUCUGUAUGAACAGUUCUUGCGUGUCGACAACGCUGAGGAUGUCAAAGCAUACACGGUCGGGCCCGACUUUUGCCAUGCCGAAACGCGCAAGUCCCCCGUGGUCGAUGGUCUCGUUCGACGCAAUACCCAUGGAAAAGAGCUGCGGUAUAUCACCAAACUGAGCAAAGAGGAAGCGGCCAUUGCCUCCAAGAUCUCGAACGGAUUUGGGCAAAGGAUCUGCGGCUUCGAUAUGCUUCGUGUGGGGGAUAAGAGCUAUGUGAUUGAUGUCAAUGGCUGGAGCUUCGUCAAGGAUAACAACGAUUAUUAUGACAAGUGCGCCCAUAUUCUACGGGAAACGUUCCUGGCGGAGAGGCGAAAGGGCGAAGGGGCCCCGGAGCCAGCAGAGCCACCAUCUCCAGAUAUGGGCCAAACCCGACGCAGUACGGCAGGGUCUCAUCGCCAGGCGUUGAAAACUCUCCUCAAGUCGCCUAGUACAUCCAGGCUCUAUGGAAGUCAGACUGUGCACAAAACUCAAGAAUCUGCCGCCUCCGACGUGUCUACCGGUGCGCCAUCCGUUACGUCUUCUACUGGUCUAGUAGACAGCAUGGAUGUGACAGGCAACUCACUCAGCCUGAUCUCUCGAGACAACCGCUCAGACACUCGUGGAUACAGCCCUUCUAAUACCAAAUCCCCCGCCGUCUCCAUCCAUCAAACCGGCGACGGCACGGCUCCUCCGCUCCCGGCUUCUAAGCACUCGUGGAAACUGAAGGGAAUGGUGGCAGUCAUUCGCCAUGCUGAUCGCACUCCGAAGCAGAAAUUCAAGUUCACCUUUCACAGUCAACCUUUCGUCGACCUACUCAAAGGCCACCAGGAGGAAGUCGUGAUCAAGGGAGAGGCCGCAUUAUCCAGUGUUUCCGAAGCCGUGAAGAUCGCCAUGGAGCAGGGACUGGAGGACAUGGAGAAGCUCAAGCUGCUCCGCACUUCCCUGGAAAAGAAAGGAGGUUGGCCCGGCACGAAAGUGCAAAUAAAGCCUAUGUUCCGUAAGCGCAGACCAGAGGAGAUGCGAGAGCCAGGCAGAGCUACGACGCCUACCCCUCCGGUCGCCGGCGAAAGCAUUCCCGAAGAGCCUCUGUCGCCCGUGGCCGGCGAGACGGAGGAAGAGGCCUUGCGUCGGUCCCAGACCCGCAGCGACUCGAUUUCUGGUGCUACGUUCUCGCGCUUUUCUGCAGUGGAAAAUGACCUGAUUCUAGAUAAGCUGCAGCUUGUCAUCAAGUGGGGAGGAGAGCCCACACAUGCGGCGCGAUAUCAAGCUCAGGAUCUCGGUCUGAAUAUGCGGGAUGAUCUUAAGCUGAUGAACAAGGAAGCGUUGAAUAAUGUUCGACUUUUCACAAGCUCCGAGCGGAGAGUAAGCACGAGUGCUCAAAUCUGGGCAUGCUCGUUCCUUGAUCAAAAGGAGAUUCCCGAAGACUUUAUCCAAGUUCGGAAGGACCUGUUGGAUGAUUCGAACGCCGCGAAAGAUGUCAUGGACAAGGUUAAGAAGAAGCUCAAGCUUCUCUUGCGGGAGGGCUCUGCACCAUCCCAGUUCGCGUGGCCCAAGGACAGCAACAUCCCCGAGCCUUCCGUCGUUCUUGCUACGGUGGUUGAACUGAUGAAGUUCCAUCGAAGCGUCAUGCGACACAACUUUGAGAAGCUCGAAGUCUCUUCGUUGAAGAAUGGUGAAGAAGGGAAUCUGUCAAACCAACAAGAUGCUUCAUCGGACCAGCCGGAUCUUUCCAACAUCCAAGGUCGCUGGUGUGCAGGGGAGGAUCCCCGCCUAUUUAGAGAGCGUUGGGAGAAGCUCUUUGCCGAGUUCUGCGAUACCGAAAAGGUUGAUCCCAGCAAGCUUUCCGAACUCUACGAUAGCAUGAAAUUCGACGCGCUUCACAACCGACAGUUCCUGGAGUGGGUAUUCAUGCCUCCCGACAGCGAUCGUGACGAGGAUGACCGGAGCAGCGCCAAGGGCAGAAGUCCCUCGAAGUCUGACUCGGACAGUAAGGCUGGAUCCGAGCCCGCCAGCGACAAGGCCGAGGAGCGCGGAGAAAACCAGACCUUUACCCAUCGCUUCAAUUUGAAGAAGCGACUUCACGCACUCGAAUCGUUGCCUCAUCUCCGCGCUCUGGACGAUUCCUACGAUCAUUAUUUCAAGCUGUUCCCUGGCUCCACCUCCACCAAGUGCAAGAUGGAUGAGCGCCUUUCAAAGCUCCGGGAGCUAUACAAGCUAGCGAAGGUUCUGUUUGACUACGUCACGCCCCAGGAGUAUGGCAUCACCGAUAGCGAGAAGUUGGAGAUUGGUCUUCUCACCUCUCUCCCGCUUCUGCAGGAGAUUGUACACGAUCUUGAAGAGGUUCAGGCUUCUGACGAUGCGAAAUCCUUCUUCUAUUUCACCAAGGAGUCCCACAUCUAUACUCUCUUGAACUGUAUCCUAGAGGGCGGUAUCCAGACCAAGAUUGCUCGCCGUGCCAUUCCAGAACUGGACUACCUGUCUCAAAUCUGCUUCGAGCUCUACGAAUCCCUGGAUAGCGAAAACGAGAUCGACCCAUACUCCUAUUCCAUUCGGAUCUCGAUCAGCCCUGGCUGCCACGCUUUCGAUCCACUCGACGUGCAACUCGACUCCCGGCACGCCAUCGGCUGUGCUCCGCGACGCAGCCUUACUGCCCACCAGGACUGGAAAGAGGUGAUUGAGACGCUGAAAGCGAAGUUUGACACUGUUGAAUUGCCAAAGUCAUUCAUUGCUGUGAAUCUGAGUGACAAACACAUCGCUUCUUCUCCACCGCCGGAGCAGGAAGAGUCAUAA